CCCAGUGCCCGAGGAAAUAGAUUUUAGCAAAGCAAUGUCUCAAGCUGGCACUUCCCAGUUCCAGGAGGCGAUCAGACAAGAACUGGAAUUUUCUAUGAAGGUAGAACUGGACAAGAUACUUUCAACCGCACCACAGAAUGAGAUAGAGCACACUAAGAAGGACCUGGAAGGUUUUAAGAAGCUGUUCCACAGAUUCUUACAAGAAAAGGGACCUUCUGUGGAUUGGGGGAAGAUCCAGAGACCUCCAGAAGAUUCUAUUCAGCCCUAUGAGAAGAUCAAAGCGAGGGGUCUUCCUGAUAGCGUUGCUUCCGUUUUAAACAAGCUCGUUGUAGUGAAACUCAAUGGGGGUUUGGGCACCAGUAUGGGCUGUAAAGGCCCCAAAAGCCUUAUUGGGGUGCGGAACGAAAACACCUUCUUGGAUCUCACGGUUCAGCAGAUUGAGCAUCUAAAUAAAAGCUACAAUACAGAUGUUCCUCUGGUACUAAUGAAUUCAUUCAACACUGAUGAAGACACGAAGAAAAUCUUGCAGAAGUACAGCCACAGCCGUGUGAAAAUCUACACUUUCAACCAGAGCAGGUAUCCACGAAUUAAUAAAGAGUCUUUGCUACCAAUAGCAAAAGACGUGUCUUAUUCAGGAGAGAACACGGAGGCGUGGUAUCCUCCAGGCCACGGGGACAUCUAUGCAAGUUUCUACAAUUCUGGAUUGCUGGAUAAAUUUAUCAGCGAGGGGAAGGAAUAUAUUUUUGUGUCUAACAUCGACAACCUGGGCGCCACAGUGGAUCUCUACAUUCUCAAUCACCUCAUGAACCCGCCGAAUGGAAAACGGUGUGAGUUUGUUAUGGAAGUCACAAAUAAAACUAGGGCAGAUGUUAAGGGUGGCACGCUCACGCAGUAUGAGAACAAACUGAGGCUGGUGGAAAUAGCUCAAGUGCCAAAACCACAUGUCGACGAGUUCAAGUCUGUUUCCAAAUUCAAAAUCUUCAACACAAACAACUUGUGGGUUUCAUUAACUGCGAUUAAGCGGCUGCAGGAACAGAACGCGAUUGAUAUGGAAAUUAUUGUUAAUCCAAAGACUUUGGAUGGUGGCUUAAAUGUCAUUCAGCUGGAGACCGCCGUUGGUGCCGCCGUCAAAAGCUUUGAGAAUUCUCUGGGGAUCAACGUCCCUCGUAGUCGUUUCCUGCCUGUCAAGACCACCUCUGAUCUUCUCCUGGUGAUGUCUAACCUCUAUAGCCUUAACGCUGGAUCUUUAACAAUGAGUGAGAAAAGAGAGUUCCCUACUGUGCCGCUAGUUAAACUGGGAAGCUCUUUCACUAAGGUUCAAGAUUACCUGAGGCGGUUUGAGAGUAUACCUGAUAUGCUUGAGCUGGAUCAUCUUACAGUUUCAGGAGAUGUCACGUUUGGCAAGAACGUUGCAUUAAAGGGCACUGUCAUCAUUAUCGCAAACCAUGGAGACAGGAUAGAUAUACCACCGGGAGCAGUUUUGGAGAACAAAAUAGUCUCUGGCAAUCUUCGGAUCCUGGAUCACUGAUCAGCAGCUGCUCCAGAAACCGGAAG